AUGACGGGGAGAGAUGCUCCGGAUGCAGUUUCGUUCUAUUACGAGAAAUCAUUACUACAUCUUCCUCAUGAAGUUACAGUUGUUAAAAUUACUCAACAUUUUCCUAAGUUCAGGUUUAGUAUGUGUGUUUCACCGUUACAUUCAAUGUUCAAUGAUACGACACAACUUAUAGAAUGGAUUGAACUUAAUUGGCUUCUCGGAGUAGAAAGAUUUAUGUUUUAUAUAAACAGUAUUUCGCAAAAUGUAUCAAGUGUUCUAGAAUAUUACAAGCACAAAGAAAUUGUACAAUUAAUAAAUUGGAAAAUUCCAAAAUAUUUAGAGGAUGAUGUGCAUUAUUAUGGACAGCUUGCUGCACUAAAUGACUGCCUUUAUAGAAACAAGGGCAAAAGUAUCUAUCUAUCAUCCACCGACUUAGAUGAGUUUAUCAUUCCACAAAAACCGGAGCACUUCACGUGGUCCGAUAUGAUGGAUGAUCUUCCGCUAUAUAGCGUGUACCUAGUUCGAAGCUCGUUUUUUAGCUGCUCUAAACAACAAUUAUGUAAACAUGGAAUGACAAUUGAUUCCCACAACGUACGAGACAAUAUAAUUCUACGACGUCAUGUGAGAUCCAAGUAUAUAGGCAAAACUAGCGAAGUAAUUGUCAUGGGUGUCCAUUAUGCAUGGGAGAUUCAAAAUGGUGGUGAAUACACUUUUAAGCCAGAAGUAGCGUUAUUGCAUCACUACAGAAGGUUAAGUACAUUCUACACUUUACAGGAACCGAAUAAGUUUGAUGGUUUAGACCAGUUUUGA